AUGUACGCGCAAGAUCUCUUGGUGGUGGUGGUAGUCAUGACGUACGCGUGCGUGGCGCCGGUGGUGAUCGUCCCGGCCCUCAUGUUCUUCUUCUUGGCGCAGGUCGUCUACCGGCAUCAGCUCCUCUACGUCUACGUCCCGACGUUCGAGAGCGGCGGCAGCUUCUUCCCCAAGAUGUUCCGGAGGUGGAUAUUCGCGCUCUUCACCGCACAGGCCACCAUGGUCGGCAUGUGUCUGCUCAAACAGGGCUUCAAGCAGGCCUACAGCGUCAUGUUCCUCAUGGUGCUCACUUACGUCUACAAGAGAAAGGUCCGGUCCACCUACGAGCCGGUGUCGUUUUCCCUCCCCCUCGAGAUCGCGAGAGGUCUCGACCUGGACAGGGCGGAGAGCGGCCAGGAGGGGCAGGAGGAGGACGAGGCCCUGCACCCUGCCGCGGACGAGUACCUGCAGCCGGAGCUGAGAGAACCGGCCUUCGUAGGGCCCGAGGACUUGUUCGUGGAGGCUAAGUGCGGCGGGGGCGGCGGCGGGGGCGGGGGCGACGGUAGCGGCCGUGGUGAUGGGAAAGGGGGCAGCGGCGAAGUCGACGGGGGGGUCGACGGGGGGGGUGGGGGUGGAGGGCCGCCGGACGAGACCUUUUAGGGCGCGAGGAGGAGAGGGCGUUUUUCUUUUUUUUUGGUGUAGACUUGAAAAAAAAAAAAAGAAGACUUCAGAGAGGGGGGGAAAGCUUUGCCCUUGUGGUUGGAGAUGAGAGCCGGAGUGUACGGUCGCUUGUUUGGCCCAAGACAAGACAAAAGCUUGGAUGAAGAGGGGCGGGGGGCGGGAGAGAGGGACGGCAUAGUCAUUUGGUUCUACUGCUGUGUGGUAAAGACACGGAUCAGGCAUCCCCUUUUUUGCUGCCCCUGUGCCAUGUUUUACGUAAAGCUUCUCUUCACGCACUAAAGUUCUCUUGAUAUGCUACAAGGUUCUCUUGAUUUGCUGAAGGUUCUCUUGAUAUGCCAAAGGUUCCCUUGAUAAGCUAGAGGUUCUCUUGAUAUGCGGAAAGUUAUCUUGAUAUGCUGAAGAUUUUCUCCAUAUGCUAGAUGUUUUCGUAACUUGCAGAAGGCGAGGAGGGUGGUCGCGUGCCGACGCGGUUUUAGUCUUGAUAUGGAUAAAUGCAAGAUUUGGGUCGAUUGUUGUUGUUGUUGUUGUUAAGGCUGUUGUGGUGGUUGUCGUAGCGGCGUUUGUGUCGGUCCCAUCGUAGGACGGGGAGGAGAGAAAGAGAUGCAACCGCUUGAAACUAGGAGAGAGCCGUUGAAACCGAGAGAAAAUCGUUGACGCUCUCAUGAGUUAUUUUCCGGUUGUUGAUACGGAAGGCCUUUUUUAGAUGAAGCGCUCGGAGCAAACGACGGCCGCCAGUGAGUUGGCGUUUUUCCCCUCUUUUUUCUUUUCAUGGAUCGUGCCCGAUACUUUGGUUUUGUUUGGCAAAUCACGAACCACAAGCUCGGAAAACUUAAAAAUGACACGGGCACUGAAAUGGGGUCGAUCGGCCGUAUGCAUAUGUACGACGGACACGAGGGUUGGUUGCUUUCAAGCUUGUUCACUACUCCUGUCCCUCCCAUCAAGCGUGUGUAGUGUGUUUUCGAUGAUUUUUUUUGCAGCGGAUCGCUCGCUCGUUUUGGUCCUCCUACUUUGUCUUUUCCGUUUUUGGUUCACGUUUGUGUGCGGUAUUAAAGUAAACUAAGGGUUUCUUUGCGUUAAAUCGAGUUAUUACAGUCUAUAGGUGAUGCCGCGGGUGUGUGCGCCUCCUUCAAGUGAGUAACAACCUUCGCCCUCUGGCACAUGUACAUCGGUGUUAUCUACUUGUUCUUUUUGUGCGUUUUUUUACAGUUUUGUCCUCUUCCGCCGGGCUUUAUCCAAUGGCGGGGUCCAAUCACUCAUCACACUCCCAUCACGCGCUGCUGAGUGCAUUAUCGUGUUGACGCGCGUUUCAGCGACAAUUUUAAGUAUUUGUUCUUCUUUACGACGACAGCAGUAGUAGCAAAGGCAAGCGUGUGUGCUGCUUUUCUGUUUGGGCCGGACACAACUACAACGACAUAAUGAGGGGCUCAUGUAUCCCGCUGUCAGUGUGUAGAACGGCCGGCCGCCUUGUCUUGCAUUGCGAGGUAUGCGUUGCAAGCUAUGAUACGUCCGUUCUUGUCUUGUUCGAACCGACCUUCUGCGCCGGACAAUGCGUGUAGGACGUUUUUUUGUCUUUUUGCUCCACGCGCCGGUUUUCUAUCUUUUAUGGAU